AGUAGUGGGUGCUCUAGACUGUUCCUUGUUGCAGUGUUAAAAGUAUUUAAUCUUUAGUUUCUAUUUUUUGUAUUCAAAUUUCCAGUAACAUUUGCAGUUAAUGGAAAAUUGCAAAACAACAGUUUAUUCUUGCAAAGAGAAAAAAGAAAUAAAAACAGUUUUGAAAGUAAAAAGGGACAGUAUCUCUUCCUGUUGGCCCUGAACAGAUUGAGGGCAGGGGCUGAGAUGCUGUGCGAGACCCCUGCUUUAAGGAAAAGCAGGAAGGCUUUGCUGGAAAACGUGGAUGAAAUGAGUGAGGAAACAGCAAAGAGGAGAAAGUCAUUGAAGUGACUGUGGGGACUCCUCGGCAUGCCGAACCAGGGAGAACUGUAGCAGCAGCAGCAGGGGCUGUGUGGAGCUUUCUUGUUUUCAUUUAGCACACACACUUGGGCUGCUGAAGCUUUGUGUGUCACAACUUUGAUAGCCCACUGUCGGCUCGCCAUCAACUACUGGAAAUGCAUCAGAAAGUUUUUUCUUGGUUUUAUGGGUUUUACUGUAGAUGGGAGGAUAAAGAUCGUUCUCAGUGUGGUCAAAGCUCAAAACAAAAAUGAAACAUUCUGGAAUAUCUCCCACUGGUAUUUUUAUUCACCUUCUAUAGUUGGAUUUCAUCCUGCCUCCCUCCGCAAAAUCAGUUGAGAGAUAAAUCUCAUGUAGAGGAAAUGGAUGAUCAUCAUCAGGUCAAGACUUCCUUCCUUUUUAUCCAACUGCAGUCACCAAUCAAGGCAUCUGCUCAAACACGUCCUGCCAACACAGUCUGCGCAGCUGGCUGGGAGGAAAGGCUUUCCUCAGACAUCUCAAGAAAUGAGUCAGCCACUGUGUGCGACUUCAGAAAGCCAGCAGCUGCCUGCCUGAACAGCAACAGCUCAGACUGUCUCUGCAGUGGGCUGGACAGCGACCGCGGUUACAGGAACCUGGAGAAAACAUUGAAGUUUCCCAUGCGGUCACACCUUGACAGCAGUGGCAGAGAAAUGAGCGAUGCAAGCCAAACAGCUCCUCCAGCUAGGAGUGGGACUCCAGUUUCCCAUUCAGUACCUACUGGUGUAGUGAACUGCGAAAAAGUAAACUUCCUACAUUCAGCAGUGACUACAGACAGACACGAGACUGGAAUUCAAAGUCCUGGACUGAGCACAGAGGCAUUGAAGCAUUCAAACUCCUUGACCACUCAGUCUCUAACAAACAGGGGUUAUAUCUCCAAAGCAUGGAGCCCACCCGUCACCACAAAAAAGGAUGGAAUCUGGUGGAAAGUGGAAGUCAAUAAGCCAACGUUGGUGGACGCACCAAUUUUCUACAAAAGCCCUGAAAGCAAAACGUUUACAUCUGCCGUCAUAGAAAGAUCAGCCCAACUAACUGGAGUAUAUAAAAAAACAGGAGAUACUAACUCUAUCACCACCUCACCUGUAUCUCAACAGCCGUGCACAAUAAAAAGUGUUUCACCCAGCCCUAGGACACUUCAGACGGCAGAAACAUUUGUUUGGGUCAAAAGCACGUCACCACAUGCACAAAGUGUGGCAAAGGCCAAAUAUGAGUUUCUUUUUGGAAAAGUAGAGGAGGCUACCCCAUCAGACAGCGUUUCAAGAGGAAGCUACCACCUUCCACCUGAGCAGGGCAGCAGUGCUGCUGCUAAUGCAUUCUCUGAGUAUGGCCCAGUUGACGGGACUGGAGAUGAGCCAUCUGAACAGCCGAUGGCUUUGGCUAAUGAGACAGGAAAUGCACACAUACUAACUAUUCUGCCAAAUGAGCGGCAAGAUGUUAUUUUGGAUAUAAAAUCAGAAAAACCAUGCAGGGCUGCCAGAGCACCCCCAACGAUGAUAUCCUUUAAUGGAGCUAGUGGUGAGCAAUUGGACAUGGCUAAUCAGGUUCAGUCGUCAACUGACAUAGAUCAAAGUAUGGAAACUUCUAGUCUGAAAAAACCUGCUGAUCUACUUUUGAAAUCAAGACUGAUUUCUGAACUAAAUACUGAGGUACUGACCAAGGAUACAGUCUGUUCUGCUAUGACUAUGGAAAAAGAGCUUGUUUCCACAAGUGGAGAGGUGAAAAGAGACAGGCUAAAAGCUCUCUCAAGCCAAGAAAAACUAGCAGAAAUACUUGCUCAAGCUGAAUUAACAUCUGGACCGGAGCCCGUGUUACCCACGGAAGGAGAGCUGGGUGAAGGAGUUGUUAAAGAAACGAAAACUGAGACACCGACUGCUGCUGCUGAAGACAGACAAGAACUCGAGGAGGCUGUGGAUGAAUCUUGUAAAAUACUUGCUGAAAUUCCAGGAAUCUUCACUGCCUUCUUGGAUGGAGCACACAUCAGAGAAAAAACACCUAAAAAAAUAAGGUUUUUGGAAAAUAAAAUAGAUGCUUCAGAUUGUCUAAAGAUGUGCGAGGACCUUGUACAGCAAACCUCAGAUAUGAUCUUAGAGCUUGAAGGUGAAAAGGAGUGCUCCACCAUGGUCCUGGAGGCAAAUGGACCAAUGGGAAGUCAUGAAGGUGCAGCGUGGUUUGAGAAGAGCACAGGUUCAGAUAUUGUGUUUCCUGCCUCUAAACUGGACAUGGGAGAAGAUGAGGUGUUUGGGAGGAUUCCAGAAGUAAAUGUUGAGAGCCCAGAGAGUGAAGUGACACCUGACAUAUGCCAAGCCAGGACCAAUGAUAGUCAAGAAAACCCACAGUUGACAUCGCAGGGUGAGGAAGCAACCGAUGUGUUUAGUUCGCAGUUUGAAAGCAUUUUGGAAUCACACUGGUCAAAGGGCACUUUGCACAGCAGCAUGGAAUCCCUGGAUGCCCCCUCUUCUGCUGAUGAGUCCGAAAUGCACUUCAAUUUCAACAUGCCCCUCACACCGAUGAUCCAGCAGCGCAUCAAAGAGAGCAGCCGUCUCCAGGAGAGCACUCUGGAGGCAGGGCAGCAUGAGAUCCUGAGUGUGUCUACAGACAGUAGAACAGGCGAAGGGUAUUUGGAGGUAACAUCAUCAUACCUUGAGGUUAGGACUGGGUCUCCACUUAGUAACAGCAAAUCUGACCACAUUUUAGAUACUACUUCUGUGGGUCCUGUUCAAAAUGGAGUUCAUGAGGAUGUUGAAGACAUCAAGAAAGAUUCUAACUGGCUGCAUAACCUUUUAAGUGAUGCUGGACUGAAGGAAAGGUUUUUGGAAUUUGACUUUGAGAUGGGCAGCACUGAGCGACUGAAAGGCAGCACCGACACUCUCGGCAAUAGCAACAGGUGCGACGUGGAGGCAGCGAGGAGACUAGCUAAGCGGCUGUACAACUUGGAGGGGUUCAAGCGCUCGGAUGUAGCUAAGCACUUGGGAAAAAACAAUGACUUCAGCAAGCUUGUGGCUGAACAGUACCUCUCAUUUUUUGACUUCACUGGAAUGACAUUGGACCAAUCUCUUAGACGCUUCUUGAAAGCAUUUGCACUAAUGGGUGAAACCCAGGAGAGAGAGCGGGUUUUAAUCCAGUAUUCCAAAAGAUACUAUCAUUGUAACCCUGGCUCAAUUUCUUCACAAGAUGGAGUUCAUUGCCUUACUUGUGCUUUGAUGCUGCUAAAUACUGACCUUCAUGGCCAUAAUAUUGGAAAGAAGAUGACGUGCCAGGAGUUCAUCACCAACUUGGAUGGGCUGAAUGGAGAGCAGGAUUUCCCCAGAGAUCUCCUUAAGGCCCUCUACAAUUCAAUCAAAAACGAAAAGCUGGAAUGGGCUAUAGAUGAUGAUGAGCUGAAGAAAUCUCUGUCUGAGCUUGCAGACAAAUCUGAUAAUGCCCACUUAAAAGGCAUCAGUAGAAUUGGCAGUGGCAGUAACCCUUUCAUUGAUAUUUCCCAUGACCCAAAUGCUGCAGUUUAUAAAUCAGGCUUUCUCGCCCGUAAAAUCCAUGCAGACAUGGAUGGAAAGAAAACUCCUCGAGGCAAAAGAGGGUGGAAGACCUUUUAUGCUGUUCUCAAGGGAAUGAUCCUUUAUUUGCAAAAGGAUGAAUAUAAACCAGAGAAAGCACUGUCAGAAGACGAUUUGAAAAAUGCAGUCAGCAUACAUCAUGCUCUGGCUAUAAAGGCAACGGACUAUGAGAAGAAACCCAAUGUCUUGAAGCUUAAAACAGCUGAUUGGAGAGUUUUCCUUUUCCAAGCCCAGACUCCUGAAGAAAUGGAAUUUUGGAUAAGAAAGAUCAAUUCAGUGGCAGCCAUGUUUUCCGCACCAUCAUUUCCUUCUGCGAUCGGCUCACAGAAGAAGUUCAGCCGCCCUCUUUUACCUGCAACUACAACAAGGAUGUCACAAGAAGAACAGCUAAAAUCUCAUGAGGCCAAGCUGAAGCACAUCACCACUGAACUGGCUGAACACAGAUCCUACCCACCUGAUAAGAAGGUCAAAACAAAGGAGAUUGAGGAGUACAGACUCAAAGAACACUAUCUGGAGUUUGAGGAGAACCGCUAUGAGAUGUAUGUUAAACUUCUAAAGGAGGGAGUAAAAGAGAUACUUGGCAGCAAAGAAAGUGACAGCAGUGGUCUGAAGAAAUCCCAGUCAAGUCCAUCGCUAAACCAGGAGUCAUCGCCUGCCAGCGCAAAGGUCAAGCGCAAUGUCUCAGAAAGGAAGGAAUACCGGCCUGAAACACCCAGCUCUAAGGAAAAGGUCACCUAGGAAAUGGAAGGAAUGCAACAAAACAAGCCCAUCAGAUACAGAUAUUUGUGAAAUAUGUUUUAAGUAAUUUAUUUAUCUGGCAACUGUUAUAAAUGAACAUUAAUGGACAAAUAUUAGAGUAGCCAUUGACUGACUGGUGCCUGUGUGGCAAUUUAUAUUGUAUUUUUUUUUUUUCUUUUUUUUGCUUGUUGUAUAAAUUGUUGUAGAUUUUAUUUUACUCUGAAGCUUUCAGAUAAGUGACACUUUCCUUGUCCUUGCUGAACUGCCAGGUCUGUUUCAGAACAAUCAUUUCUCUGCCUUUUCAGUACAAAACAAAAGUAUUAUAUUAUCCUUCAGUUUAGUGAAACAUACCCAACCAACAUCUGUGUAUGAAAAGUAUUACAAUAAAAUGCCAGUGCAAACAGACUUGAUUGGUAGUUAACCUGUUUAAAGUAUUUGUAGUUUCACGUAGAUGACAAAUAAAAGGUCACACUUCAACAUGUUAUGAGAGGAGACUCUAAAUGGGGUCCCUUUUUUAAAGUGUUAACAUUUAGUUUAGUUUAAAAUUAAGGAUUAAAUACCAGGGUGUAAAUAGUGACUGUGAUUGAUGUUUCACUAGUUAAAAGUACUAAAGGUGUACAAACUUUUGCUUUGCUUUUAAAAUGAAAUAAUCUUUAUUUUAAAAAAAGCAACAAAAAAAAACAAAACUUGGUUGUUAAUCCAAAGUUUUAUGGCUACCACAAUAUACAUGCUGUUCCAUCAAGCACACAGGCUUAAAAUGGCACUGUAGAUUAGAGCUGUACUUUGUUAUCUGUAAGGUAUGCAUUGAUUCUGAACUAGUCUUUACAACCCCUUAUAUUGUUUAUGUAUGUAGUCAAAUGUUAAGACUCUAGACUCAAGUGUGAGCAUCGAAGUUUCAUGUAGGAACCAGAGUUUUCCAUUUCAAUAGCUGAGCCGUUUAUUUUAUCCAGUGUGUUUAAAAAGUAAUAUAUCUGUUUCUUUAAGUAGUGUAAAUGCCAGCUAUCCUAGUGUGUGUCUUAUAAUCUUUUAUGUGGAUUUUUGAACUCUAAUUUGAUUGUCUUAUAUUGUAAAGACAGAACUAGUAUUUAUAGUGCACUUUAUAAAUUCGUUUUAAAUCUGUUUCAAACAUUUUAUAAGGGGUAGACUGAUACUUAGUUUGUGUUAAUACCUCAGUGCUGAAGACAGUAUGACAGUAUGUGCGCUUUUCUAGAUGGAUAUCAUUAGUGCUACAAGUAGAAGUCACUUUUGGAAUGGAAAUUCUAGCAGUGUCUGCUUCCCUGCUUGUUUUUUCAUCUUUCAUGGCUCAGCUCAGUUGUGCAGUAGAGAAGGGGGAGGCAUGCACAUAACAUACUGCAGUUUUACUUUCAGCUGUUAUGAAGUUUUGAUGGAGAGGUUUUAUUUAAAGUCUAAGCAAGUUCUUGAACUUAAAGGAGAAUCUACAAAUUGUGAGCUUGAUGGCCCCACCGCAAGCAUACUGUCUAUUUAAAUGUCCAUGUUAGCUUCAAUAGAAGUGUGUCUUUAGAGACUAUCCCUCGAUUUCACUUAUGGUACUUGCAGGUUUAUAAAGCUAAUUUUAAUAUUCACAUUCUUACAAGGUACAGAUAUGCCAUGGUAAUUUACUGAAAUCCCAUGUGUGUGUCCUAAUUGAUUUUGUUGUAAACAAGUUGGAAAACAUGAUGAUUUAAGUUGAUAUAAAAGACUGCACUAGAACAAAAUAAAUUAAGAGUUGGGCCCUCAUAUUACAAGUGGUAACAAUAAACACAUACGUUAACAGAUUCAAGUGACAACUGCUAUUCAAAUUGCAAUUGAAAACAAUAGAUUUUUUCCACUCAAAUUGCAUUGAUGUACUAUAAAAUAUAACUUGUUAUGCCCACAUAAAAUACAUUCUGAAAUACAGACUAUUAUUAGUACAUUUUGUGAAGGAUUGAAAUAUCGGAUUGACUAGCAUCAACUUAAACCAAGUCCCAUAUUGGCUAAAUUGAAACUGCAUAUUAUACAUUGUUAUGUAGGGUAUUGGGACCGAUAUAUAUGUGUGUGUGUGUGUGUGUGUG